CUCGCAGACGGACCAGCCGAGACGGUGCCGCACGCCGUGCCGGAACACGCACUUGUUGUACGUGCGCGCGACCGCCGCGACCGCCGCGGUGCUGGCAGUGCAGAUGUGUGCCAUAAUCCGGUGGUAGUGCGUCCAAGUGAAUGUUGUUGCUCGGAGGGCCGCCGAAGGGGCUGCCGACAGGGCCACCGCCGGCGCAACAUUGAGUGACACUGUGUGCGCGUGCUGGUGUGUGUGAGUGUGCGUGUGUGAGUGUGUGUGUGUGUGUGCCAUGGGCUGGUGACAGACAGUGGAUGCCGGAGGAUACCCGCUUGGAUAAUGCCGAGGUGACUGAGGAUACCAGCAGACGAGAUGCUGCCGCGGGACCCUCACUACCACCCUAUCUGAUCAGGCCGCGACGCCGCGACGAGGAUGCGGUGGCGGUGGCAGGCGCCGCUGUUACCGCUGGUGCUGCUGCUGUAUUGGGCCACUCGAGCGGCGACGCUGCGUUCCAUGCAUCGCGGCCAAAGUUACAGCAUCAGCCAGAAGCCGUGUCGCGCGGGCUCCGAGGCGGGCACCUGCAUGUUCGUGUGGGAGUGCCUGCAGAGCGAGGGGCGCCACAUCGGCAUGUGCGUGGACACGUUCAUGUUCGGCUCCUGCUGCGCCCCGCGGCCACCGGGCACCUCGGCCAACGCCGUGGACCAUGACCAGCACGACCAGCACUCGGCCUUCGCGCCGCCCAAGAAGAAGCCCCCGCCUCCCUAUCACCACGACGUGACCAUGCGGCCCCCGGGAGGGAGCAGCACGGGUACUCGCCCCCAGUUCGUGUCCAAGCCUAGUCCCAGCCCCCCGCCCCACGCCGCCAGCCCCGCCAGCCCCGCGCCCAGCAGCAGCCCGCCGGCCGCGUCGCCGUCCAGCCCCGACAUCAGCUCCAACGUGAUCCCCAGCAGCUCCAUCACCAGCACCAUCGUGGGGCCCAACAGCAUCUACACCAUCCGGCCCGGCGGCAGCGGCUCCAACAACAGGCCGAGCUUCGUGUCGCGGCCGCCGCACGGCACCGGCGGCAGCGCGGCCAGCAACAGCAGCAGCAACUGGUGGAACCGCCCUUCUAGUCCCUCACUGUCAACGGCCUCCUCCACGUGGACGGCCAGCACCAGGCCUCCCAUCGCCACGCAAUGGAGCCGUCCGUCCGCCGCGCCUGCCUCCACGUCUACCUCAACGACCACGAUGGCGCCGCCGCCACUGCCGACGACGCCCGGUCACCACUUCGUGAGCAACACGAUCCUGGCCAACUUGUCGGAGCCGGCCAGCAACAACAUGAUCCUCUGGGCCACCACCAACGAGCCCAUGUUCGUGACGAGGCCGAGGCCGUCCAGCCAGGUGAGGCCCAAGCCACGGCCGAGGCCCACCAAGCGGCCGCCCUCCACGACCUCGACCACGACCACCACGUCGACCACGACGACGACCACCACCACCACCACGGCGGCACCACCGCCCCCGCCGCCGCCCCCGUCGGCAGCGCCCACCCCUAGUCCCGCCCCUGCUGCGACCUCCACCAUGGCCUCCACGACGGUGGCGCUGUCGCAGACCAACAGCAAUGGAGAGUACGAGUGCGGAGUGCCCCCGCUGUUCCCGCGACCGGAGACCCGCAUCGUCGGCGGCAGGAACGCCCAGUUCGGCGGCUGGCCCUGGCAGGUGUCCGUCAGGAGGACGUCCUUCUUCGGCUUCUCCUCGACGCACCGCUGCGGCGGGGCGCUGCUCAACGAGAACUGGAUCGCCACGGCCGGCCACUGCGUCGACGACCUGCUGACGUCGCAGAUCCGCAUCCGCGUGGGCGAGUACGACUUCUCCUCGGUGCAGGAGCCGCUGCCGCACGUGGAGCGCGCGGCCGCCCGGAAGGUGGUGCACCCGCGGUACAACUACUUCACGUACGAGUUCGACCUGGCGCUGGUGCGCCUGGACGCGCCGCUCGUCUUCCAGCCGCACAUCGCGCCGCUGUGCCUGCCCGCCUCGGACGACCUGCUCAUCGGCGAGAACGCCACGGUCACGGGCUGGGGCAGGCUCAGCGAGGGCGGCACCCUGCCCUCCGUGCUGCAGGAGGUUUCUGUUCCUAUUGUCAGUAAUGACAUUUGCAAAGCCAUGUUCCUUAGAGCCGGUCGCCAUGAAUUCAUCCCUGAGAUCUUCCUGUGUGCUGGCUAUGAUAUUGGUGGCCAGGAUUCCUGUCAGGGUGACUCUGGAGGACCACUUCAAGUUCGAGGCAAGGAUGGACGCUACUUCCUUGCUGGAAUCAUAAGUUGGGGCAUCGGAUGUGCUGAAGCUAAUCUACCAGGAGUAUGCACGAGAAUAUCCAAAUUUGUCCCUUGGAUCCUGGAAAAUGUUUCUUGAAUGACUGAUGAAUGUGGCAAAGGAACUUACAGAAGGUCUCUAAGUUCAUUUUGCGCUUGCAAAAAACUGACAAUUUGAUACUCAUGAUUUUUUUGCCAAACACAGUUUUUAACUUGGUGACCUAUGCGACUCAUUCUUGUUAAUAAUUUUAACUAUUGUUGAUAAUGGUAUUUUAUUUAUUAUCUGAUUGAGUGGUUGCUCGUUUACUGAUUUUGAUUAGAUGCAUGCCUCUAGUCGAUAGAAGGUGGGUUGGAUGUUUCAGCAAUUGCCCAAAAUGUAUAUGAGCUGCCUGAUCAUGUACAGGAUGAAGAAUUUCCUACACUGUAAAUUUGUUUCCUAUUAAAGUCAAUGUCAUAAGGCUUUUGCAGUAAUGGGAAUGGAGGUAGUACUGGUGAGUGUGAUAUAUUUUAAGUGAUAGGCACAGUAGUGACCUGGAUUCUCUUCAAAGUCAACAUUUCAAGAUUUUUGUUUCUGUAACUCGAGCAUGCUUAGAUUAGCACUUCUGCUCAUUCAAAAAUUGUCUUUGUAUUUUGACUCAUUCUGCAAGUAUGCCUUUGAUAAUUCGUGUUGCUCAAACCAGUGCAACUUUGUACUGUUCUAGCCAGCUGCACAUAUUGUAUGUAUACAUGAUGUAGAUUGUAUAUAAUUUUGUACAUGAAUGAAUUAGUUUAACAAAUUGGACGCUUAUGCACCAGUACUAGGAAUGCUCAUCAUGUAAAUUAUUAAACUUGUAUUAUAAAUUGUAGAAUAGUAAACUUAUCAAUAAUUAAUAAAUUAAACACUCAGGUACUACGAGUUGCACUUGUGAUUAUGCUAUCUGUGAAAAUUGAGAUAAGCCAGAGAAUAUUAAGAAUUUAAGAUGACUCCAAACGUAGGUCUACCCAGGAAUCUGCAAGUGCAAUUUUUUCCCCUUUAUGUGAUUCGGAUAUCUGUGCAUCUAAAAUUUUGAAAGUUUUGCAAUACUUUUUUGAUAUUAUGUGUGAGUGAUGCUCUCCCUUUGUUUUGCUCUUGUGAAGUUGGCUUAGUUCCAUGUUGCACUCCAGGAGGCCAUAUACUCUGCAAGUCAUUACAAAACAGUCUAGCUAAAAACAGUUUUGCCAAGCACUAGUGACAAGCAAAAGAUGGAGUGGCCAAUAAAUAAUUUAGAUUUAUUUUGUAUCUUAAAUUAGAAUAACUGAAGCAUGGAAAGGAUAUUAUGAUGCGUUUCUUAAGGCAAUAUUUGUCUCAAGUCUUGUUUGUUUUCAUCUUUGUUCUGGGAGGAAAUCAGCCUGCGAGUAAAUAGGAAAAAAUAACACCCAGUGCAUGUGUGUGUCAUGCACGCCAUCUAACUGUGAACAAAAUAUGGGCUUUUUGUCCAUUUUGUAUGCAAGACAUAAAUAUCCUGUCCAAAAGAUGUAAUUUUUAUAUUCAGAAAAUGAUUGAACCAUAAAUAUGUUCUGUCUUGUCUACUUAGAAGAGCAAAGGUGCCUGCCUAAUAGUAUUACCAGAAGUUUUCAUUCUUGGGCGUUUGAACAAAAGUCACCUUUAUGUUUACUCAUGUCAUCCUUGUUAAAUCUUUUUUGUUAAAUUUUGUUAAGGUGUUAUGUAAUAAAUAGUUGAUUUUGUGUAA